AUUUCCAAUUUUCCGUUGAAGAAAAAAAAAGGCACACUCAAGCUCUGCGACGAAGGCGCAAGAGACAUGGCUCAAGCUAGCACCGCCAUGAUCCAGAGUUUGCGUUUCAACCCCAAAAAUCUCUCUACACCCCAAACCCUUCUCCCUUCACCUUCUCUUCUCCCUGGAUCAAACGGGUGGUGCAAUUCAGCGGUCUCUGUUAAAUUCUUGGAGAGGAGUAAUAAUAAAGGUUCGAUUUUUACCGCGACCCGGUCGCCAGUUCGGGCAUCCGUGGCAACCGCCGAGAUGCUUCCCAAAGCUCCCGAGGAGAUUGUGCUUCAACCCAUCACAGAGAUUUCCGGCACCGUCAAGCUGCCCGGCUCUAAAUCUGUCUCUAAUCGCAUUCUCCUCCUUGCCGCCCUUUCUCAGGGAACGACUGUGGUGGAAAAUUUACUGAACAGUGAUGAUGUUCGUUAUAUGCUUGGUGCUUUGAGAACACUUGGCCUUAGGGUUGAAGAAGAUGGUUCAAUCCAGCAAGCAACCGUAGAAGGUUCCGGCGGUCUCUUCCCCGCCAGUAAUGAAACAAAGGAUGAAAUACAACUCUUCCUGGGGAAUGCAGGAACAGCAAUGAGACCAUUGACUGCUGCAGUUGUUGCUGCCGGUGGAAAUGCAAGAUACGUACUCGAUGGAGUUCCUAGGAUGAGAGAGAGACCAAUUGGGGAUCUUGUCCUUGGCCUGAAGCAGCUUGGAGCAGAUGUUGAUUGUUUUCUUGGCACAAACUGUCCCCCGGUUCGAGUCAAUGGAAAGGGGGGUCUUCCAGGAGGGAAGGUGAGACUUACACUAUACUUAGAAUUUGGAAAAUGCUAGAGAAAUUGAGAAAAAUUGUUGAAGGAAAAUGACUUCUCAUGUAUGGUGGUUUCACCGUAGAAAAUUCAAACAAAAAUCUAAUUUGAUCCCAACUUUUGAAAACUUCA